AUGUUCAGAACGAUAAGUACUGCCUCUCUGAGCAGGGCGAGGACCAAUGCAUCCCAGAAGUCCAUUUCCCACACUGAAUCCGCCGUCGAGCGCGAGGAAAGAGCACUUGCAGAACUCAAAGAACUAUGCCGCAGAAAUUCUGUAACCUGGCCAAAGAGCGAACUGGUGCGAGAAUAUGCCCCGGAUGACAAUUUCGAGGAGUCAAAUCUUUUGCGUUACUUACGAGCACGGAAACACGACGUCCAUACCGCAUUCAAGCAAUAUGCUGCAUCGGCAAAAUGGCGCCAUGAUAUCCAGCUAGAGAAGACUUAUGAUGAUGUCGGCAUCACGAGAUUUGAGACUGUCAGACGACUGCAACCUCAAUGGACCGGCCACCGAGAUGCUACCGGAGUACCUAUCAUGGUAUAUGUCGUGUCUCAAGUCGAAGCAGACGACAUCCUUGCAUUGCAUAAGACGGACCCGGCAUUGUCAAGUAUCUUCCUUGCCGCCGAAUACGUGACACAAUUUGUGCAGCCAUUAUGCGGAAAGUUACAGCACGAACGUAUCAAUACCUCGAUCAACAUCAUCGAUUUGUCGCACGUUGGGGUGUCACCUUUCUGGAGGCUACGGAAGCUUCUUAGUACUGCUAGCAACAUGGCGACAGCUCACUAUCUAGAGACCGUAAAAAGAAUAUAUGUCGUCGGUGCUCCGAACUUCUUCCCUACUAUCUGGCGAUUCAUAACCAUCUGCUUUGAACCUGCAACCACAAGAAAAAUAGCAGUCCUUGGUCAUGGGGAGUGUGCAACGAUUUUGCGCCAUGACCCCGGACCUGAAAACGUGCCGAAGCGCUUUGGCGGGGAUCUGUACUGGGAAUUUGGUGGCUCCCCUGAGCUCAGUCCAGAUGCUAAGUCGUUAAGCAAAAAGUGGGUUGACAAAUGGGUGGAGGGUCCGUUGCGGAUCAUCGACGGUCCUGGUGAACAGUGGAGGAUCAUUGCUGUAGGGUCACAGAAUGGCGAGUUAAGAAGAGAGGAGUUAUAG